UCAUAAUUUUUUGUGCUUCUGAAGAGACAGAUGGUUUUAAAAGAGGAUACAGGAUGUUCACAUGCAAGCGCCCAGAUGAAAAGCAGAAAUGCAUAUAAAAGUAGAUUAUUCCGGCAGUGUAAAAUAACAUCAUAGAACUGGGAAGGUACCUGAGAAUUGUUCCUAGAGAUAAGGUGAGGGAUCGUCACUAUUAUGUUUUCUGGAGCAAAAAUGAGGCUCCUGAAAUGGCGAGAAAAAAAGCAUCCGAAUUGGAAAACUGAAAUUCCUAGACCUACACUUGAUCGAAACAAGAUUGUUGAAGAAACUAAAAAUGCCAUGAAAUAUUUAGAAAAUCUUCAUGAAGAAUAUAAAAGAAUCCUUGAUCAACUUUUGGAGCAGCUGCCAACUUUGAGUGAAUGUGGAGAUGACAAAAAUUCUCUCAUUCAACAAAAAGUUGACUUUUUGAAGAAAAAUCUCAUCGUUAUAGAGCGAGGUCUGGAAGAUUCUAAAAUUUUUUUAACCCUCAACAAUAUUGUCGAGAAUAUUGAGAAUGAAGUUCGAGAAAGCGAAGAAGAAAUUGGAAACCUUAAAGAAAGAAUCAAAGCAUUAAAACUGGAAAACAAUACCUUGCGGCGUGACCUCUCCAUUACUCAACGAAGAUUAAUUGAAACUGAAGAACAGUCAGUCACCUUGGAAGUAGAGAGAGAUCAUUUGGCUUUCAUGAAUUCUCUUUUGUGUGAGGAACCGUGUACAGAAGAAACAUCAGACGAAGGAGAAUCACUUGACCUCAGUUUUAUAGAUGAAAAGGAAACGGAUGAAACAGAAGCUUCUUUCCCGAACUUACCAUGCUUGAUAGAAAUUGACUGCUCUUUAAAUCCGAGGCUUAAAAUCUUUUAUAACCUUGUAAUGGGCUACAUCGCAAAAGGAUCGUAUGAAAUUGCUGCUCCCUUGUGCAAAACAACAUUACAAGAUUUACAGGAAAAAUACGGUCCACAUCAUCCUGAUGUAGUUGCGAUGAUGGACAUUAUAACUAUAGUCUACAGAGGUAUGAGAAGAUAUAAAGACGCUGCAAAAAUACAGCUGGAAGUUUUAGACAUUAAAAGGAAAACAUUGGACCAAAACGAUAUAAGUAUUGCCUCCACCCUCAAUACUCUGAGUGCCUUAUAUGGGAAAACAAGAAAAGUUGAGGAAGCUGAAAAAUUCUGUAGAAAAGCAGUGGAAUUCAGAAAGAGAGUCCUAGGCAAGGACCAUGUGGAUGUUGGAAAGCAAUUGUGUAAUCUGGCAGCGAUUUGUUGUCAUACGAAAAAAUAUAAAGAAGCAGUCGAUUGCUACAAAGAAGCAGUAGAUAUCUUAUCUACUACUCUUGGUGCUGAAAAUUCUUACACGGUGAAAACGAAGAACAAUCUAGCAUCCCUAUAUGUAGAAACGGAAAACUACAAAGAAGCUGAGAAACUGUACAAAGAAAUUUUAUCAUAUAUGCCCCAAGAGCAACCUGCCAAGCCUGAAAAUGAAGUUCCUGUUCUUGAAGAGACUGAAAAAAAGGAAUUGAAACAAGAAAAUUAUGUUCAUCAAAAGAAAGAGCCUUCUAGCUUUACAGCCAAAGAAGUUCUGAAAAAUCUACAAAAUGUGUAUGAGAAAAAUGGUGAGUUAGAAGAACAGAAAAAAGUUUCUAACGGCAAACUGGAUCAAGGACUAAAUUCAUCUUAAUCAGGGAUUCGCAUUGGUUUUUAAUAGCGCAACAACAUUGCGAACGUCUUUCAAAGAUAGCUUCAUAAAGAAUGUAAAUUUUAAUAAAAUACAUAUUUAUUUCUGUAA